AUGCCGGCCGACGAAGUCCAGCGAUUUUCUGGGCUUGAAGCAAACGACAGCAAUGUUCUACAGGCGAGCAACAACAACAAUUCGAACAGCCUUGUCAAUGCACACAACACGUAUCAUAACCAUAAUCUAGUUAUCAACCUCGGCGAUGCUUCGAAGAUACUCAACAUGAAGCAGCUAGGCCUUUACGCCAUUCAUGAAUCCGCAUCAAUUAAGGCGCAACUCGCAUCGAGAAAGGAGGAGACGCACCUGGAGAACUCGACGUCAGCGCAAGAGGGACGCAGCUCUCCAGAACAGAUCGAAGAGCCGACUACACCACGACCACGGAUAUCGACAAGCUCUGGUAGCCAACCACUCAGCCAACCGCCCUCCGCAGAAUCUCAAUCCGCUAUGAGUCAAGCAAGACUGGAUCGGCGCCUUCGAGAUGAUGGAUAUUGCGAGAGUAUGGGGCGUGGGCUGUAUCCCCAAUACAAGGUGAAGAUGAAGGAAGUAACUCAUGACAAUGAUCUACCCCUGCCCGAGCACACACCGCCGAACAUCGCCAUGUAUAUGAAGUCCCUUCCUCGCCUGGAGAAGGACGUUAUUCCCCUAUGGAGCGCCUCACCGAGUGGGAGGACGUGCAGGGAAAUAGUGAUUGGCGAUGUUGGCGUGUUCAACAAACAGGGCGGAUUCGAGACGAAAUUCAAUAUCUUCAAGACCUUGCAGGAGAACAUCGAUGAGGGCUUAGACCCUCCGCCCGAUUUUUCUGCCUACGGACCAGCUCCAUGUCAGGUUGAGUCAAUCAUCAAGGAUUGGAACGACGCCUCCGGUAUGACUUCCAAGGUUUCGAUCUCAUCAUCUGGCGAAAGUAGGCGGUGGACUUGUUCCUCUCAACCUUCAAUGUCGAUAAACGCACCUGACUACAGCUGUGGGCUCUACCUUCCAGACGGCGGGACGAAGUUCUGGAUCGACACAGGAGACAUACCCCACGUCCUGCAAUUUGCUGACAGGAACGUCGCCUCGUGGUAUUGCUACAAGAAUAUGGGCAACGACGGCCAGCCACUCUCGGAGAAGUUCGAUGCCCGCCUUUGGAACAAGUCCCUCGUCCUGGUCACCGACGUGUGGAAAGCCUCUGCCUGGUUCUCUGUCUUGACGACAGACCGGAUCGACUAUAUGGAGCGCUCCGCACCACAACAGCGCAGAGAGAUCAAGGCGACGGUGCAAACGUGUCAGUCCUCGUCUCCGCAGUACUCGUACACUUUCGACACUGGCCUCAGGAUGAACACCGGCCCGGAUGAAACUGCGAAAAGUGGCCAGAAGAACCAAUGCGUCGCCAUCCGGGGAGUCCAGCUCGUUUACGACCCAAGGCAAGGUCGUGGGCCGACCGCACGAAGUGCUGGAGAGACGUCCUCAUUCAUGUCCAAAAUUUCCGUCUUUUCGCGAAUGACGCGGAAGACGAAGAAAACACGAACGCCAACUAUACGAAAGUCUUGA